GAUAUAUAUUAACCCAAUUAUUACCACAAUAUCGGUUUUGUUGAAAUGAUCUAUGUCUGCUUGCUCUGAGCAAGCAGCAAAUAAUUUAACGGUUUAUUGCGUCUGUUAUUCUUUGUCACUUAACUGACAUAAGCGAAAAAUUCCGAGAUGACCGACAAAGCUCUGUUCAGAGAUGGCAAGCGAAAAAUCGAUUAUGUCUUUAUUUAUUCAACAAAAAUUAUCGGAACAGAAGGUGAAAAUAAAGUGACAAAAUAUAUUAAUAAUAUCGAGAAAAAUGGUUUACAAACUGAAAGGGAACAAGGGGCGGUCUUGAAGGAAUACACGUGCGUGAAGAUACACGCCCCCGAAAAAGUAUUGAAAGAAUUUGCGGAAGUAUUCAAGAUAGAUUUAACUAAAGAUAACCCGUAUUACAAAAAUCAAAAAGCGCAUUUCAAAUUCGUUUCUAAUAUAUUGACCACACCCAAUGAAAACCAUUUUGUGUUUAAAAGAGCACCAGAGACACUCUCUGGCAAGAAACCAGAAACGUAUACAGACGCUGAAAGAAUAUACAUCGUUUACAGAAUACUCUCUGCUGUACAAUUUGGCCCGUCUCCAGACGACAAAGGCUUUCAGUUGCUCAUUCAAGAAAAUUUCAUAAUAGAUGCAUAUCCUUUGCACGAUUCCUCAUAUGAGUGGACUGAAGAAGGACCUCUGUCAGACAGACAACUUUUAGCGAGGUACUGGGCUAAUCUUAGAUGUUUUUAUUGUUAUCAACCUCUGAAUCUUAUCGAGAGGUACUAUGGAGCUGAAGUUGGAUUUUAUUUUGCCUGGAUAGGAUUCUACACCCAGACUCUCAUAGUUGCAUCGUUCACAAGUCUGGUGUGUUUCAUAAUUGGAUUGAUUUUGUAUGAAUACGAUACUAAUUACAUAAAAGAUGAAGUUUGUAACUCAAAUCAACUUAUAUGUCCUGUAUGUCCUUCAGAGGAGUGGUGCAGUUUCAAUUCAAUUAAAUUUCAUUGCACCAUGAUGAAAAUAGCAUAUGUUCUCGAAAAUCCAGUAACACUAGUAUAUUCGAUCUUCAUGUCAUUCUGGGGUAUAAUAUUCAUGGUCUUGUGGAAACGGAAAGAGGCAAUGUUGAGGAUGAGAUGGAAUGUCAGCGAAGUUCCCAGAGAAAGAAGCGUGAGAGCUGCUUUCAUCCAAGCAGCAAAAAUUCAAAGAGUAUCAUCAAUAACAGGAGAAACUGAGUAUUAUUUUAGUUUUGCCCAAAAAACUAUUUCUCACAUAGUAUCGGUUUUUGUAUUUUUGAUUAUGUUUCUAGCAUAUACCUUGGGAGUCGUUAUCAUUAUGCAGUACCGAUUGAAUGUUCUGUAUUAUGGAAACAGAAGCACAAAUAGCAUGUACAGAGAAAAUUUAGAAUUAUUUGAGUCGGUGACGUCAUCUUUUCUGACCUAUUUGAUUAUGACCUUUUUCAAUUCUAUUAGGAAUACAUUAAGCCGAAAAUUGACAGAGUGGGAAAAUCCGAGGACCCAAAAUGAAUUGGAGGCACGCUAUUUCAUGAAGGUUAUAAUAUUAACAUUUGGAAAUAUAUUCUUUCCCAUCAUAUACCUCGCAUAUUUCAAAGGAAAAUUCUUUUCACAUCCGGGCGAUAUAACUCAGUGGACACUUUUAGGACUUUUCAAAGUAGAUGUCUGUCCUUUGAGUGGUUGUUUAGUGAAUUUAAGCAUGCAGCUAUUCACAAUCAUGGGAAUCAAUAACUUACAGAGGCUCUUUUGGGAAAUAUUGAUUCCGUUAGUUCUCCAAUACGCUUUCAUGACGUUUUUCGUAGUAGCUCUCCCAAUUGCUCCAAUUUUGGCAUUUCUGAAUAAUAUUCUGGAAAUCAGAUUUGAUGGAAUGAAACUCUUGAAGAAGUCGAGGAGAAUUAUUCCUAAAUACAACAGUGGAAUAGAAACAUGGAACACAGUUAUGCUAGUAAUAACUAUUUUGGGCUGCAUUUCAAAUGUAUGCUUUAUUUUAGAAUUCUCCGUGAAGGAUUUUCCAAGAAAUAUGGCUAAAAGUAAUCGAGAAAUUGUUGAUACUUGCCAUUAUCAGGGUCACAGAUAUCCUCCAACGCAUCCCCAGAAAUAUGAACUAACCCUUGACUUCUGGCAUCAAAUUGCUAUCCAAUCAGUUGUUUUUAUAGUGUUGGAGAAUGUUUGUUUACUGUUUUCUUUAUUGUUGAAGAAUGUGAUUCCACCGUUACCACGAAAAGUGGAAAUAAAAAUGCAGUAUGAACAAGAACUAUUGAGAAAAUCAAGACUGAAAAAUAAGUUGGUUGAAUGAAUUUUAUCCCAAAUUAAUGGUUUUUGAUCUAUAUCAUGUUCCUAUCACCAUUUUUACUGUUUUGUAUGAAAACUAUCUGCAAAUGAAAUAAAUAUACAUCAGUA